AUGACUUCCCGGCUGGCGCUGUUUUCGAGAUUGGGCACCCUGGUCGCGUCUUUGGCGGUCCUGGGGUCCCUGUGGCGCGUGGGCGGGGACGCGACCUGCGCUGAUGCGGGGGACCUACCAGGCAGGGAGUUCGUGCAAAACGCGCGGCAGAUGCAGGCAGCGCUGACGCCGCGCAGGGCGGCGCAGGGGCUGGACCUGAUCUGCGUCGCCGGCGACGAGGCGCUCGAGUCGCUGUCAUUCCUGCCGAGGAUGAGCCUGGAGGGGGACCUGACAAUGUGCGGCGUCAGGCGGAGGACCACUCUCCGGGUGCUGGAAGAUUUCAAGAUGGCGACGGUGAACGGGCGGCUGAGGAUUUGCAACCUGGAGAUGGACCUGGCGAGGGUGCGGGCGGGGCGCGUGGGGCUGGACGAGCUGCUGUGGGACCUGGGCCCGUCGGGCAGCCUCGUUUACUCGAACGUGGACGUAUACGUGACGGAGGGGCCUUUCGGCGCGCUCAGGGGGGCGCUGGAGGCUAUGGGGGACGCGAAUUCGACCGGGGGUAAUUUCACGCUGGGCUCGAGGCGGAUCGACCUCAGGGACGUGACGGUGGGCCGCGCAUCCUUCGAGGAGGCGCUGGUGUUUUUGGAGGAGCCUUUUGCCCUGGAGCCGGCGGAGAGCGACGUGGUGGAGGCGGUGGUGGUGAACUCGACGCGCGACGUGUCACUGUUCCGGAAGGCGCGCAAGACGCAGGACGUGGAGCUGAGGGCGGACAUUGCGCGCGACCUGGGCUUCUCCCGGUGCCUGCUGCGGGCGGUGUCAGGGAGCAACAGCCCGAUACCGGUUGAGAGGCCGUUCACAUUGGCGUCCGGGGGGACGGAGCGCCGGCUGGCGUUCAAUAAGGACCUGCGGCGGGGGUUCCUGGACGUGCAGCACCAGCUGCGGCUGGACGGGGUCGCGGUCCUCAACGAGGCCGUGUACCUGGAGCUGGGCAAGAGGGACGACCGGCGGGCGGGCUGUCUGCUGAGCGAGCCGGGCUGCUUCGACAGAAGCGUGGACGAGCCUGGCAUCGAGGUGCUGUUCCACCGGGAGAUGUUCAAGUACGACAGGGACGGGGCGGGGUGCAGGCUGGUGGGGCGACACGCGGUGUUUGUGCACGGAUGCGACUUCGUCACCGGGCUGGCGCGGCUGCUGCUGUACCACAGGAACACCAUACAGGGGGACACGGCGCUGCUGCGGGCGCUGAACGAGGCGAUCCAGAUCAGCGACUACGAGACCGUCGGCGGCGACAUCCGGUUCAGGCGGUUCGUGGGGUGGGGGAUGUGCCUGGAGAACACGACGAUGACGUGCACCCCGCCGGCCGGCGAGAAGGUGGCCGAUCCAAGGUGUGUGAUGUUUGAGGACACUGAUAGCACAGACCCCGAGGUCACCACUGAUUUGUCAGAGUCAAACUAUUACAAGGAGAUUGACUCGUCAGGCGAUGAGGAUGGAAACAACACAUCUUACUAUGCCCUCACGUCAUCAGACUUUGAGGACAAGAAUACUUCCGAUGAAGAUCCUCAGACAACAAACGUCACUGGUGUAGGGCUUGUCGUUGCGGGCGUUGUCCUCUGGACGAUCACAGUGGCCCUGUUCUGUUAUUGGUACAAGUCAUCCAGAAGAAAAAAUAAGUUUCAGAACAAUGCGGAUCUGGCAGAGGUGGGGGCCUUGAAGAAGGAUGGCGAAGAGCAGGAUGUGGAGCGUCGAUGGCUGUCUGCAAGGUCACCAUCAUCUCAAGGCGAGAGUGGAACAAGCAGCCAAGAAUUCAUCCAUUCAAUGAAGGCCAAGGGGCCUGGCGACAUUUCUGCCACCAGCCUAACAAGGGAAUCCCUCAUUGGUGCCAUUUCAUUGGCUUCUGCGGGAAUCGAAGACUCCUCUGCAAGGAUUCAACGCCAAAUCGCAGCAGGCGGUUCUGGCGUUGUGUACAAAGGCACCUGGAAGAACAUCCCUGUGGCAAUUAAGACUGUGGUCUUCCAAGACCUGGCAGACUCAUCAAACAAGCAGAGACAGCGUGCCAUUUUUGAGGCCGCCAUCAGCUCCAGCGUGGCACACAAGAACAUUGUCCAGACAUAUGCUUAUUCCUUCAAACGGCUGCACGCUUCGACCAUGAUGGGCGCGGACUUCAAGGACCCCAAACAUGUGAACAUCGAGCCCAGCUCGCUCAGUGCGGGCGCGGUUGUGGACUGGAAGCUUUACAUCGUCCAAGAGUUUUGCGAUGGGGGUAGUGUGCGAGAAUGCCUGGAUGGCAAGAAGGUAUUGGACAAGGAGGACAGUCGUCCCAAGCUGAGCGUCAUGUGUCAGCUCGCAUUUGAGGCGGCCUCAGGAAUGUGCCACCUGCACAAUCAGCACAACAUCGUGCACGGCGACUUGAGUUCGAAGAACAUAUUGCUGAAGAAAGACCCCAACGACGAGUCAGAUGCGCUGGGCGUCGCAAAGAUAGCAGAUUUUGGGUUGAGCAUCAAGAUGGGGUUAUUGCAGAGCCACAUAUCCAACCAGCGGGCAGGCACUCCAUUUUACAUGGCGCCAGAACUGUGCCACCAGGGCAUACUGUCCAAGAAGGCCGACGUAUUCUCCUUUGGGGUAUUCAUGUGGGAGCUCUACCACUCGAAGAAGUGCUACCACAUGAACGCAAAGACGGGCAUGCAGUACCACCCUCUGUUUCCCAAGUUCCCGAUCAUGUGCCCCAUCCCCUAUGCCAUGCUCUGCGUUGUGUGUAUAUCUCCCAAACCAGAGAACCGCCCAGAAUUCGAGUUCAUAGCAAGGGUGUUUGCUGCUUUGAAGAAGCAAGUGGAUGAAGGGAUGUUUUCGAACUCUGAAGAGGUACGAUUGAGAAACAUGGGACUUGCAGCUGGGCUGGGCAGAAUGACUGCCCCAAAGAUCUUGGAACUGAUAGCGGAGCAGGUGGGCAUUCCCCUUGUGGACACCUCAGCAGCUGCCAGCUCAUCUACCCGGGACGAGAGUUAUUCGAUGCUGAGUGGGUCGAUAGACAUUUCGAACUCCAUAAAAUUUCCCCACUCGAUGUUUCUUCCAUCCACCCAAAUGUGGGGACAGGGCGGCGACUCUGUGGUGGACCGCUCAAAAUCAGGAGAUGUGGAGAUUCACCUGAGCCAGGCGUACGUUGCUCCUUUCAAUUGUGUUGUCACCGUCUCUGUGUCAACCCAACAAGACCCAGAUGCACCAAAGGCAGGUGCUGAGGCGGAGCAUUUUGACAUAUCGUGGCAGUGCGAGCCAGCAGAGGGCCACUGGGGGGAGGGGACCUCUGGUGAAAAUGAGAGCGGGGCGUCUGCGAAUCGGGUGGAUGCAGCAGCCAGCGCUGCCAGCAGUUUAGGGAGGGCGAGAGGCCACAGCAUGGAGUUAGAGAUGAACAGGAAUCCAGUUUCUCAGGACAAAUCUGAGAGUGGCGGUCUUGGGCCAAGCUCGGUGGUGAACAGUGAGGCGCGGCAAGGUUCUGUGGCAUCCAAGGCAGGAGCUCUGAACCCCACAUCGGAACCUUCCUCCCAUGCCAGCCCUGUUGCAUCUGGUGGCAGCGGGUGGUCCAAUUCAGGGGGCGACGAGUCUGGCAGGAGGAUGAUGCUUGGGUCCUCUGGCUGGAACAGGAUCUCUCCGGGGUCCAGGCUCACUUCUGUUGGUGGCAGGUCAGCAGGGGUGAGGCAAGAGCGCGCGAGCCCCCCAGCUUCGUUGAUCCCCAUGGUGCACAUGCUGCCAUCAGUGCAGGAAGAAAUAGAGCCUGCGUCUGAGACAAGCAGGGGUGGCACCAACAGCAUAGCAGUCAAUAGCGUAGGGACGCAGGACACUGAUGAAACGAUAGACGUGCAGUCAGCGUUCAUGCCUUUGGCUGGGGCGAGCGGAGACACAUCGUGUGAGGACGCGCAGUAUGAGGACCCUCACUCGUCCCUACUUGAGGGCAUCGUCCACUCAGACUCGUAUCCAGAUGGUGCCAAUCGUUUUCCAAGCGUAUCUUGA